CCGCACGCGACGCUUAGCUGUUUGUCGCGAGCGAUGGGCGUCACUUCUUCGCGCACCAGUUCUUUGAUUGUUUGUAUAUCACCGAUAUCAUCGCAUUGAAUUAUUCAACACGAGGCGAAUCAUAGCCAAUUCAGAUGCUCUGCUGAAACUGGCCUUCCCUGACCUUCCACCAGGUUUGCUCUUUGUGCUAGAGGACGCACACUCUCACAGAAGCUGCCCCUCAAGCUGCACCGGCCCCCUUCACGCUCCACCCCUGCGCUAUGAGCAGAGGUAGAGGAGGGCCCUACAGAGAACAGUACCACCGGCAUCCUCCACCUGACUUCCAAGCUAAGGACAAUAACUACAGGCCUGGCCCAGUCUCCUUUUACCCUAGAGCUGCCCCACAGCAGAGCCCAUACUCGAGUUACUACAACAGCCCUCCUCGUCCUGUAGGGCCCACACAGCCGCCCCCAGCUCAUCUCACCCCCCCUGCUCCCCUCUUAUCAAAGCAAAAUAAAGUCACCCCUAAACCAGACGUCCCUAACAGCUCACAUUAUCAGAAUCACAGCCCCAGUCCUUGUCCCAGUUCCUUUCAGUACCAACAGGCAGAGUUCCUGAGAGGACACAGCUCUGAAGCGCCACAGUUCAGAGCCAAUCCGCGUGGAGGAGGCGGAGUCACAUCUGACAGGUGGCCUAAUUGUUCAUACCAGCCCCAGUCAGGUUACAACAGAUAUCCAUACCCUAACAGCAGCCCAAGAGGUAGAGGGGGGUACAGUCAGGAUCAGAGGUCUGUAUACCCAGGAGCCCCGAGAGGCACCCCAGGUCCUCGACACCCGAAUCCUAACCAGUUGCAAGCGCAGAAGCACAACCAAUACUCAUGGUGUGUUCAAGCAGACUCGUUGUGUGACGAUUUACAUAAUCUAUCUCUUCAUCGAGAAUCUCCCAAGAGAGGAGGAGAGAGGUUUGUCAGACAUUCUGCAUCGAGCAGCUCAGCAAGUUCAAGCUCGACUAAAGUUAACAUCACUCUAACUUCUGACAUCCAGGACCAAGUUUACAGGGCUUUGGCUGCUUUGAAGCCGAACGACUGUAUCUGUGCAAAAUUGUUGAGCAAACAACUGCGUCUGCAUAAAAAGAUAGUGAACCAGGCUCUCUACUCUUUGGAGCGCUCUCAGAAAGUCUCGAAGCAAGGACUACUCCCUCCCGAGUGGAGUCUUUACAGAGAGCCUCUCAGUGGCAAGGAAGAUCACAAUUAUAAAGUACAAAGUUCACCUUCCCAUCUGUGUGUUAGCCCAGGACACCCUGCAGAUCCUGAAGUCAAGGUUGAGCUAAAAACAGACACAGAAGAAAGCCGGGGACAAGAAGAAGAAGAAGAAGAAGAAGAGGACUGUGACACAGAAUCCAUUUCUACCUGCUCCUCCUCUUCAGAGUCAUCUGAGUUUGAGCAAUCCCUGUCACCAGCAAAAGGUCACCAGCAGGUGAAACAUCCCUUCUGUGCUACGAGUUCCCCUGAUCCCGAACUCGCACUUCCCGCAAUGGCUGAGCAGAAAGACCAAAUUCUGCAGUACCUCCUCACUGUAGGGGAGGUAACUGCUCUGGUCAUAUCCAAAAAUCUGGGUCUCAAGAGUGCCAAUCGGGUGAAUCCCACCCUCUACUUGCUGGAGAAACAAGGUGAAGUCAUUAAGAACACUGAAGUUACCCCUAACACCUGGGAGCUCUCCACCCGCCGCAGAGAGAGGAUGGAAAGGAGCAUUAAAGCCGCCAUGAGCCCUCGCAAUGAGGGGGGUCAGAUGGGGCAGGAGCCCGGUAGAGGAGCAAAGGGAGAAGGCUCUGGUAUUCUCCCUUCGUCUCAACUACCGCCAAACCCAGGCCUCCAACCCCGGCCACUCCCUGAGGGUUGGAAAACAGAGGAAAGUAGCAGCGAUGGCCACACUAUCAAGGUGAUGAAUCCUUCCUCACCCCAGUCUAAAGAGCUAGAGGCAAACGAAGGACAGUGGGCCACUGACGAGAUCCCAGAAUUCCUGAACGCCAUCCGCAGAGAGACAGACGCUGGGAAACUACUAGCAGAUCAUGCUAAUAGCUCUGUGGGAACUGUGGCUGUGUCGCUGGCUGCUCCACCUCCCCAGAACCUGUGGGCCAAACUGCAGGAGGUGAGGCUGAAGAACCCCGUCAGCGGCCUCAUGGAGUACGCCCAGUAUCUGGGACACAACUGUGAGUUCCAGCUCCUCGACCAGUCGGGACCCUCUCACGACCCAAGAUUUCGCAUGCAGGUGCUGCUGAAUGGGAGGCUGUUUCCUGUCGCAGAGGCGUCCAGUAAGAAGGUCGCGAAAAAGGACGCUGCUGCCACCACCCUGCAAAUUCUGAUCGCAGAGAUGCAAGGAGGGCCGAGCGCGGGAGGCGAUGGAAAUGCCGCCAAUGUGGACCAAGUGAUGGAGGUACUCCCAGACCCCAGUGUGCCAGCUGAAGGCACAGGCGGUGGUUUUGGGACUACGAGUGUGGAAGGGUUGGGGACGGUGGAAGCACCUCGGCCGCCGCUGUCCCGCUCUCUGCCCGGUGGGAAGAAUCCUGUGUCGGUCCUCAUGGAGUACAGCCAGCGCAGCGAGAGCCCCAUCGAGUUCAUCAUCACCGGGCAGGCCGGCCCACCCCAUGACCCAAGGUUCAUGUACAGGGUGAAGGUCGGAGAGAGCUUGUUUUCCGAGGCCUCGGCUCCGAGCAAGAAGGCGGCCCGUCAGCUGGCAGCAGAGGAGGCUGUGAAAGAGUUAAUGGCUGACGGGAGACUGCAGCUCAACAAGCCUCAGUUGCCCCUGGGCUCCUCCAGUGAUAACGAUGGCAGUGGGUCUGGGACUACAUGUCCCUCUUUGCCCCCUCUGACUGCAGACGAGUUGCGAGCGGCUCACGAGGCAGGAGUCGGAGACCUCAUUAACCACCUCAACAACAACGCUGUGUCGGGUCUUCUGGAGUACGCCAGAGCCCGGGGCUUUGCUGCUGAGAUCCGACUGGUGGGCCAGUCCGGACCCCCGCACGAGCCCAAGUUCACAUAUCAGGCUAAGCUGGGCGGACGCUGGUUCCCUCCAGUGUGUGCGUCCAAUAAGAAGCAGGGAAAACAGGAAGCAGCAGAUGCCGCUCUACGGGUUCUGAUUGGAGAGGCCGAGAGGGCAGCCCGCACCGGGGAGCUAAUCCCAGCUGAGCUCCCAGUGAGUGGCAGCACUUUGCACGACCAGAUAGCGAUGUUGAGUCACCAGCGCUUCAACGCCCUGACCACACGUAUCCAGCACAGCCUUCUGGGACGCAAGAUUCUCGCCACCAUCGUCAUGAGGCGGGGGGAGGGCCUGGGGACCGUUGUCAGCCUGGGAACUGGAAAUCGCUGUGUCAAAGGGGAGGAGCUGAGCCUUAAAGGGGACACUGUUAACGAUUGCCACGCCGAGAUCAUCUCCAGAAGGGGAUUCGUUCGGUUUCUGUACAUUGAACUGAUCAAGCACUACGACGGCACAGACGACAGCAUAUUUGAGCAAGCGGAGGACAACAAACUUCGAAUCAAAUCUGACAUCACCUUCCACCUCUACAUCAGCACGGCACCUUGCGGGGACGGAGCUCUGUUUGACAAGUCAUGCAGUGAGUCAGGGGACGACGUUGAGGGUCAUCAGCCUCUCUUUGAGAAUGCUAAGCAGGGCAAGCUCCGCACCAAAGUGGAGAACGGCGAGGGCACCAUCCCAGUGGAAUCCAGUGCCAUCGUCCCCACCUGGGACGGCAUCCAGCACGGCGAGAGGCUGCGCACCAUGAGCUGCAGCGAUAAGAUCCUGCGCUGGAACGUGCUGGGCCUCCAGGGGUCGCUGCUCACCCAUUUCCUGCAUCCCAUCUACCUGAAGUCCAUCACGCUAGGCUAUCUGUACAGCCACGGGCACCUCACUCGUGCUGUCUGCUGUCGGCUGUCCAGAGACGGGGAGGCGUUCACCCAGAGCCUCCCCCCCCCCUUCAAGCUGAAUCACCCAGAGGUUGGCAGAGUGAGUGUGUACGACUCGACACGGCACACAGGCAAGACCAAGGAGUCCAGUGUGAACUGGAGCUAUCCGGACCAGCACAGUGUGGAGGUGCUGGACGGCACCAAAGGCAAACUGGACGGCAACAAGCUGAGCGUGUCCAGGGUCUCCAAGUCCAACCUGUUCUGUCUGUUCCGCUCUGUGUGCCAGAAGAGCGGCCGCACUGAGCUCCUCUCCCUGCCCUCCUACUCCCAGGCCAAGAUGUCCGCCACGUCCUUCCAGCUAGCCAAGGAUCUUUUCUUCCGAGCUCUCAGCAGCCAUGGUUACGGCGCCUGGAUCGGCAAGCCGCUGGAAGAGAAGAGCUUUGACUCCGGCGAGGAGAACGCGAACAAUGGAUCGAGUUUACCUUUUGGGUUCGGCAGCAGUAGAAACGGAGGAGCAAUGGAGAUCAAGCAAGAGGAGGCAGUGAUGAGCACAUCUUAAAGGGGGAAACAUAAAUAUGUGAGGGGGAAGGGGGGGGCAGCAUAGGGCAGAUGGGAAGGGUGGGAUCAAAGGAAAAAGGGACAAUCAAAUGUAGCCAGCAGAAGAUACAGUCCUGUGUCCUCUGAUGGAACAUGGUGAGAGGCUAUAGAGGAGAGCGAUUGAAAGUGACAUGAAGGAGAGCAAGAUGUAAUUGGCUGAAGGAUGAGGAGGUCAUAGAAGAAAGACACACCUCUCCAGACACUACAUACAAAAAAAUAAUUAGUUAAAAGUCAGUAAAUCACUGUGGUAAACACUGCAACAAAUCUGGGUUGUAUUAGUGCAUACUGUUUAUACUUGUGGGUUAAGUUGUCAUUUUUAUUUUGUCAUUGUAGUGUUUGGCAUAUGCUGCUAUUGUUUUUCCACCGUUCUACUUGAGAUAUAAACUCAUUUUUGCAGGAUCUUUGACUGUUGCAAUUGCAGUAUUGACCCAGAUAAUUUGGCCUCUUGAGAUGGUUUGUUGUCUAAUUUGGCCACGAGAGCUCAAGUAGUUGACAAGUGCUGCUAAUUGGCAUUCAACGUAAUAUGACCCACCUUUGUAGUGGUGUUUGUAAUUGUGAUGACAUUCAUUUAGAGUUUUAAGUAUUCUGUCAUGGAGUGCUUGUUAUAUUUCCGGCUCUCUAUGUUUUGCUGCAUGGAAAUACAAACAGCUGUUUCUAGAACCAAGAGCAGACACAUCGGGACGCCCUCAGCAGGAAUCUUGAUUUUUUUUUUAAAUUGCACUCAUCCUAGAUAGAUGUCACGAGUAAACUUGCAAAUGAGUCUAUGCUCUGCACAGUGCCAGCUUGUUAUGUACAUAAGAAGACUUUCGCUUUGAUCAGUGGCGAAGUAAACAUUUACUCACUAACAACAACUCUCGAUCCAGCAGGCCCCUUUAAGUAACAUUUGAACUUGCCGUACACCCUGCAUCUAUCCACAUGUCGUUGCAUUGUCUCCAUUAGCGUAGCGUAGGUCAGCGCGCCCCUUUGAUCAGUCCUAUGAUUUCUCUGUGCUUAUAAAGAAUAACUGAUGUCAUGACCUCUAAGAAGUACAAUAUCUCUGUUGUUGUUGCUUUUGUGAUUUUAAGUGUUUUUCCUUUUAAAUUUUCUUCACUUCUGGCAAAAUGCUCAUCAGUAGCUGGCCAUGCUAGCAAAAGGCUUUUAGGCUCUCUAGCAUGGCCGGUUGUUGAGGACGGCUGGGUCACGAGGACAGUUUUGUUGUCUAAGCAGAGUGUGGUGUUGAUUUUGUUUUAUGUAGAUCGAAGGUGCAAUAUAUACAUCAGGUAUAUACAAAUACAUUUACACAGAGAUGUUACAGUGGGGGCCAAAAGCCUGAGUCCAGUUCAGGGAACUUGUUUUUUGAAAACGAACAGAAAGUCAAAUACUUAAUUUCUCCAAAUAUUGCAUGAUGUUUUUAUAAUAAAUGCAGGUAGGUUAAGGAUUUUGUAUUAAUCUUUUAUUUUAUUUUUUUACAAUUUUGAGAAUCUACUAUUAUCUGAGAUGUGCUUUGAUAUCUUGAUGUUUAAUGUACUUAAAUUAGAAGCUUUGAGAGAACAACACUUGUAUACGUUUUGUAGUUUUCAUCAUUUACAUGUACAGUUCUCGGUAGUGGACUCAGACUUUUGGACCCCACUGUAUUCGAAAUUGAUCUUAAAGUAUUAAACUGUAAAUAUGUCUGUGUGUAUGUAUAUGUAUACGGUUAAUGUAUAUAUUUUGUAAAUCAUCUGCAAUUGCUUUUCUAUAUUUCGUUCCUGAUGUUUGAACUAAACUGCAAUGGAAUAUGCUGUUUUUUUACCAAUGAUGUUUGGAAAGUUACGAAAAAUUAAAAUUAGUAGCAAGGAU